AUGGAAGAAGAUGCCAUCAAGAUAUUGCUAGUUGGUGAUGAAAAAUGUGGAAAGACGUAUUUUCUCUCGAGACUGAGUGCCGGGGAGGGGACCGGUCCAGUGAAGUUGCUCAGGGACAUUGAUCAGCCGUACAUCUUUGAGAUUAAGCUGUCGAGUAAACCUUAUCGGAUGGAGUUCUAUGAUACAAACAGUCCCGAGAACUGGCGGCUCCUCGAGCCCGACCUCGUAAUCAUUUGCUACGACAUAAGCCAGCGGCUCAGUCUUAUCAAUAUGCAGAGACUCUGGCUCAAAGAGGUGAAAACCGCCUUCCAAAGACCUGACCGUCUCCCUAUCCUCAUCCUGGGCCUCAAGAGAGAUCUUAGAUCUGAGGCUGAUCCUAACGGCAUCAUCUACCCCCAAGAGGCUUACCAGAUGGCGCAAUCGAUGAGGGUAGAUAGGUACAUGGAGUGCUCCGCCAUGACUGGGGAGCUCAUCAAGUUGGCGUUCGAAGACAUCUGCACAACAGCAAUCAAAACGCGAACUGCCGAAGGAGGGCAGAGCGAGGGCGGGUGUGUCAUCAUGUAA